UAUAGUUGCUUGGCUUGGCACAGAAGACAUAGCUGCUCACAUUGAAGAGUUUCACAGUGCCAUGGAGCAGAAGGAGCCACCAGAGGGGCGUCAUUUUGUGGGGAAGAAAGAAGUCUUGAUCAAAGCAAAGCGCACAUUCAAAACACUGGGGGAUCGGGAUGUACUAAUCAUCAACCACCAGGGAGGCUUCUAUGCUUUGGACUAUUACUGCUAUCAUGCUGGUGCAAACCUGGAGACGGGAGAUAUUGAGGAAAUAGGUGGCAAGCUGUGCAUAAUUUGUCCCAAUCACAAGUACAAGAUUACCCUUGCCGAAGGGGAGGGUUUAUGCAAGCGUAUUGACAAGACCAACAAAACACCUGUGCCCAUAUGGUACUCAAAAGGAGUGAAGCAGCGGGUCCACACAGUGACAGAGACCAAUGGCGAUGUCUAUGUGGAGCUCUCUAAGAUGCCCGGAUGGAUCGAGUCAGACUACUUCCAGGGAGAGGAGGGCAAAGAGAAAAGGGCCAAAGCUGAGGCCAAGGCCGAGGUCGACGAGGGGAUGGAAUCUUCCUAAUGAAUGAGGAAACAUUCUAGAGGUAUCUUCUUGCCUCUUCUGAAAUCCUCUAUAUGGGGUUUGUGUUUGUAUGGAGCAUAUAUAAAAUAGCGUGUUAGACCUUUACUUUUAUUUAAUUGGUCUACAAUAUAAGCAGGUUUUUGCUGUUUUUUACCUCUUGGAAUUAGGGUACAAACGUAGGCACCACUAGCAUUGUUUUAACAAUGACUAUUUUGGACAGAACUAGUUUUGGGUUUAUAAAAUUGAAUAUUAUGACACAUUUUAGCAUUAUUUUGAAAAAAAUUACAAAGCCAAUAUCCCUUAAAAGAGAUGGCACAUGAGACGAGGAAGAACCAAUCAACCUUUGGUGAGGAAGUGGAUAAUGGUGGAGAUAAAGAAAUGUGUUUUUACUAUUUGAGUAACUAUGGCAUCAGUGGAACUGUCCACCCAUCAGAAUCAUCAGUUGCACUUCCUGUCGGUUUGUUAUCCACAAUGAACCAGUAAGUAGUCUGAUAGCUAACAAACAGAGGGAGCAGGAAAAUACAAGUACAACACCCUAUGAUGUGUUUUCACUGUGCCUUGGUGGCAUUCUGCACUCUACUAGCAUUCUAGUUUUAUAUGAUUGUUAUGGCAUUGCUAAAACAGCACUAAUGGUGGCUUUUACACAGUACUGUAUAUACAUACUUUAUAAAGUACACAGUUAAUUAAUUUCUGAUGUUCAUUACUAAUGGCAUACGCUAAUGAGAUUGUAUGGUAUGUAUAGUACAUGUUAAAUGAAUUCAAU